UUGCAGUCGCGCGAGUGCUCCGCGCUUGAGCCAGAGAUCUGCAAAAAGAUCGCAGGAGCGCUGUCACAAGAGACGUAUACGUCGCUGUUGCAACGCGCAGCACCUCGAGCCAUCGCUGCGACGCAGAGCGAGGUCGUCACGUGACAGCCAGCCAUCUGCAGCAGCUCCUCUGCGGCACGCGUGCCAGCAGUACUCUUUCAAGAACACGAGCAGUACGUACUAAACAUCCAAGAGCAAAUGUCGACAGCGACCGAGCAGUCCCCCAUUAAUUUUACGCCCGACGAGGGCGACGGGACCAUGGCGCCAGCGUACGCCGUCGUCUUCUGUCUGAAUUGUCGAGGCCCGUGUGGAAGUCCAUCGAGCAGAUGCAGUUACGGGGACAGCGUCGCGCGGGUUGCCUGAAAUUUGAUUUCCACACAGAUAUGAUGGGUUCCGGCUAUCUCACACUCCCAAGAGCCUUCGCAGACGCCGGUUUGGUCUGGGGCUUGUCCAUCUUAGUCGCGGUCUCGAUCGGCGCGACGGCCGCGGCCGAGUGCUUGCUGGACUGCAUGGCGCGCGCGGGCUGGAUCGCGGCCGCGCGAGCGCUGCCCGAGAGCGGCGGGUCCUUUUGUAGAGUGCCCCUCGACGCGCCGUCGCCGCCCGUGACGCGUCUACAAAGGGAGGCGCCACGGCCCGUCCAACUCCCGGACCUCUGCGCUUUGUAUCUCGGAGAUACGGGCUACGCGGCCUACGUGACGUUAAUCUCGGGCUACAUGCUCGGGAGUCUGUGGUGCUACGCGGCCAUCUUCGCGGCGGCCUUGGAGGCGAACCUCGCGCCGAGCGGCCACGUCCUCUACGUCGGCCUGUUCGCCGUCUUCGUCGUGCCCCUCUCCCUGAAGGACCUCGCGGACCAGAAGGCCGUGCAAACCUUACUCGCGUUCGGCCGCGUCGUCAUGCUGGCCGUCAUGCUCGUCACCGCGUUGACGUACCUCUGGUCCAUGGGCCCGAUCGCGCCGAUGCCCAAGCGGACGGGCCCCUUCGACGGCGUCGCCGCGUUAGCGCCGGUCGUCACCUUCUCCCUGGUGCUGCACCACAGCGUGCCGCAGAUCGUCGCUCCUGUCAAAGUACGAAGCGAGUUCGACAAGAACGUGCUUUUCCGAAGGGCCUUCGUCGGCGCCUGCCUGCUCUACGCUCUCUUCGCCGCGCCGGUGGCCUACUUAUUCGGGGAGAAGACGCAGUCGGCGGCGAAUCUGGGCUGGGCCACGUACCACCACGUCCACGACGCGUCCGACCCGAGAGACGCGCUGAAGACGCGCCUCAUCGCGUGGCUGGCCCAAUUCGUCGUCCUCUACCCGGCCGUCAACGUCCUCGCCACGUAUCCUUUGAAUGUGAUCACGUUCGGCGACGCGUUACUGGCGGCGCACCGCCGCUUCCAGGCGAACGGCGAGGUCUCGGCGACGCCGCCGUCUCGGACCUCCGUCCGGAUCGCCCGAUUGGUGGCCGCCGUGCCGCCGCUCAUCGGCGCGUGCAUUCAACCGGACAUUUCGUCCGUCACGAACGUCACGGGCUGCUUCGGGCUGUUCCUGUGCGCGGUCGUGCCCGGCGUGCUGAGCCUGGCGGCGCGGCGACUGGCGCCGGGGCCGACGGAGCACGCGUCGCCGUUGAACGGAAAGGCCGCCGCGGUGGCACUGGUCCUCGUGGGCCUCGUGCUGACGGCCGGGUCGCUGGCCGCGGCGCUCUGAAUCGAAUGUGCAAAUCGAAACUGUGCAAAUCGUCGUUAACUUUAUGAAGUC